GUCGAUGCGUGUGUCUGUCUUCGUCACAAACAAACGUCUUGUUCUGUCGUGAGACACGGGGGCCUAGUGUUCCUGUGUUUGUUUUUCUUGCAUUCUCGUCCCAGCUUCUGUAACGCUCACACCGCGUCAGCAACCUUCCCAGGGAAAGGGGUCUUCUUCACCGAGGUUCCCCGCUUUCUUUACCCCCUCGCGUUUGUCAUGUGAUACCGCCAGCCAGCCUCCACGUCUUCGCGCGAGUCACGGCUUUGUCGUUGAUCGGCGCCCGAGGGAAGCGUUCCGAAACUCAAGUAUUCUCGCAAACUUUUACUUUUUUCUUCUACCCGAGAUAUCUAGAAGCACGAACCGGUUUGGGAGGCGUUUGUGUGAUGCGUCUGAUUUUUUUCAUCCCCGAAACUCAAGCUAGCGGACACAAGCGGCAAUUUUCGUCACUCUAGUCCAACUCGUCAACGGGCAAUGAUUUUUGCCCCACGUCUUGAAGAUACCUCAAACACUCUUUGUCCGGAACAAUUGCACUCAGUAUUCCUCUGUCUCUGGCUCCACUAUUCUCAGCACCGUCCGCAUCUGCGUCCUUGCCGCUUUUCCCUGGGUUUCCCGCGUCUACUCAGCAUUCUGUGUCUCGCCGGGGGGGAAGGGAAUUCGCUUUGCAACUAUUGGCUGUCAACAAUGGCUUUCUCAUCUUGCAUAGACGAGUGUUUUCGCUUAUCUUCGUUUCCCUUGCAAAGCACAAAUCCCUGUCCGUUUUUAUUCUUGAAGGAGUCAAGUGCCCACGCUCUUCCCGAAGCCUCGUCUUUUGCCAUCACUUUGCACCGAACGCCCAAGACUGGCGUCUCCGAACUCGUCAAGGCUCAGAACUAGCAAUUCAGUGUGCCGACAACCUCGCAUCGACUUGUUCACUCUUCUUGUCUUCCUUUUGCGAGCUCUCCGCCGCUGCUCGUGUGAGUCUAGUGUCUCGAAUUGUUUUCGGUGGCUAGGUGUGUCUUGUCGAAGAGUUUGCUGUUUUCGGCCUCCUUCAGCUAGCUCUCUCAUCAGUUUCAAUCCUUUUACAGUCUUUUUCGUGUAAGCUGCUCUGAUAUUUCAGAGAUUCUUCUCGCGUUUUUGCCUUUUGGCUCCUUUCGCUUUUCGAUCUUUUCGCUCCUCAUUCGACAAUGACGAGCUACACUCCGUACUCGUUCACAUCGUCGCUCGACAGGCCUGGCGCGCCUGUGUCUGGAAGUUCCCCUUCGCUUGCUGGCGUCCACGGGUCGCAGGCGCAGAACGGAACUUCUGAGCAUUCGCAUCAGUCUGCCAGAAUGUAUUACUACCCCGUCAACACUGCGCGAAUUUCUUUCUCGGAAGAAACCGCCAAUGGUGGGAGGGUCGUCCAACUGCCGACUGCUGACAGAUCUGAGAGAAAUCUGUCGCAUUCGGUAGUCGCCGGAUCGUACUCACAUGGCGGCUACGCAAAGCCCCCUUUUUUCGUGGUGCCGGAGUCUCGGAGCGGCUUCUCUGGAAACGGCCUCCAGGAGCAGCGGCCUGUGUCACAUCCGGGUGUACCCCCGGCACUCGGAUCUGUGAGAUCGGUCCCCGCGUCUUCCCAAUCCCUUCCGUCGCUCUACGCGAAGGGAGGCUUCACACAGCCUGGUGCCAAGGAGGUCUCAUCUGCGUUCGCGCAGUCAACGGUGAGCCUGAGGAGCCCGCAAGCGGUGUCUUCGCGGCCGCUCUGCCACCCCGCUACCUCUUGGUCUUGCCCGUCUCCUGGACCGGUGCCCAGCAGCGCCGAGCAGACCUCCCGCACCGUUAUCCAGCCUGGCCCGCCGCUAGCUGUCUUCCCAUCGCUUCCCCUUCAGACAACAGGUGGGCUGCAAGGCGACUUUUCCCUAGGCAGAAGCGGGGCAGCGGAGUUGGCACCGCCGCUUGCUGCAGGACGAUCCGUGGCUCUCCCCCGGGAAAGCGUCGACCAGACACUGCAGCGGCUCGAGGCGGCGAAGGCAUUCGAGGCGAACCGCUUGCAGGAUCUGAUGAAGCAGGAACGGGAGUUGCUGAUGCACUUUGCGCAGAAGCACCAAGCUGGAAACGCGAGAGCUGCAGUGGCGGAACGUGGCGAAGCAGCGCUCGCCGAACACAGACAAGGUCUGCCAGCCAGGAGCACCCGGGUCCUCUCGGGUCCACCAGCAAGUCGGGACGGGAGCGCGUUUGUCGCCGAGCCGCAGUGUGUGUCCUCAGGCAUUCCGCAGUCUUCUUCGCGGAUCCCGCGCCUGCCUUCGUUUGCGACGCCUCACGUGAGGCAUGCGAGUUUCCUCCCGCCAGCGUUUCCGGCUGCACCUGGCCAGCCGUGCACGGCGAGCUUCAUCCUCCCCCGGGCCGCGCGUCCUGCGUCUGUUCACGCGGCUCGCGGUCCGCGCAGGCGAGCGCUUAUCGUGGGCUGCGGCCACCAGAAGGGUCAGCCGUACCACAUUCGCGGCGCAGGCAACGACGCGCACUUGUUCGCGCAUGCAUGCGUGCAGUUCCUCGGGAUCGACCCGAAAGAGAUCUGCGUCCUCACCGACACGGCGCCGUCGACAUGCUACCGCGGCCGCGGUCAGGACGGCUCCUUCCUGGGGCCCGCCGCUUAUAUUCAGGGCAAAGACGGCUCCAAACACGGUACUCUCCUUGCAAAGCAAGACCGCAUGCACGCCGCAGGUGGCGAGGAAACGUCGGGUGCAGCGUCGGCGCUGUCCCAGGCGAUGCGCGGGGUCGCGGACUUUGGCGCGAAACACUUUGUCGCUUCUCAAGGCCGAGACAAGGAGACGAAGGCAGUCGUGCACUCCCUCGUCGACGUCGACAGACUCGAGUCCGAGGAGCCCAACCCCGUGGUCGCGGAACUCCCGACACGACACAACAUUCUGAGGGGACUUCGGUGGCUCGUGGAAGACGCACGGCCCGAUGACUACCUCAUCUUCUACUUCUCGGGCCACAGCGUGCAGAUGGACAACAUGUCCGGCUGGGAAGGAGAAGGCUAUGAGGAAGCCUUCGUACCGUGCGAUUUCAACGUCCGCGACGUUGAAAGCGGAGAUCCCGUCUCUCUUGUCGGUGCCCUAGAGAUUCGAGAGAUUCUCUUCAACAUCCCCGACAGAACGCAGCUGUCAAUCUUCCUGGAUUGCUGCGGGGGGCAAACGGUCCUCGACCCGGCGGGGACUUCGUCGCGUUUCACUUUCAUCAAAGGAGUGAAACAACGGGGGAUGUGGCCAUUCUCGGACCCCACCGACAAGAUGUGUCUGGCCAAGUACCGUUCUGACGUCUGGGCGAGUCCCGAUAUGCAGAAACAAGUUGUCCAGCCGCGGUACCUCCCGGCGGUUGAAGUCCAAUCGCUGAGCUGCGUGUCAACGGCCAGUGUCAAAGGCGACGAACACGAGAAGCCCGGCCUGCUCAAUGCGUACUGCAUUGCUGCCGCACCCUGGGGAAGCGUUGCCUUGGAGGCGAGUUUCAACUCGUUCAGGAUCCGCAGCUUCCAUACGCGGUCGCUUCCAGGCAACUGUCACGGGUCCUGCACAGUUGAGUCCAAGCCUGUUGUCCACGGAGUGUUCACGUGGGCGGUGGUUUCUGCUCUCUCUGGUCUUGUCGAGGAGACCAUUCGCGUUUUCUCGGACGAAGGUGGCGCGCGGAAUGGUUGUGUUCCGGUCCGCGUAACGUACACAAAGCUCAUGGAGAAGAUUGAGCACCAGAUCAACGAUUUGAAGUGGAAUCGCCUCUUCAAGCUCGAUCAGCAGGCCGAGCUGACGGUGCACUCGGGAGGCGGAGCGCGACCGAACGAGGUCUUUAUCCAGUUUCCUGACCUCGCGCCUGGGAAGGGAAGACCGUGCGUGGGGGCGUCUCUGUCUGGGGAGACUUCGCCUGGGGCUUGUCUGCGGGGCUGGGCCACUGCGGCGUUCGACUCCCCGGUCACUCCGCUCCAAGAGUUGUCGGGGAGUUUCUACGACUUCUUCCACCCGCAGUGGAUUCGGGAGGAGCAGCGCAUGCAUAUGGGGAGCGCAGCAGCGGGUGGGGCGCUUCCAUAUACUGCGGAGGCGUGCUUUCAGAGGGCGUUUGGAGUGACACCAACAGGAAGUCCAACCCCCUUAGGGUUACACGGAAAGGUUCACGCAGAGCGGCGGUCCGCCGGCAGGGGUGAAGACAGAAAGGAACAGGGAUCCAGGAUACCUAGUGAAGAUCACGUGUCGAGUUGUUUGCAGUGGCUUAGUGCACGCCGCCGGCUUCGAUCGGUAGUCUUGCCAAUGGCUUCCGGAUUCCUGGACCCUAGAAACAGACCUGUAGCUUCUGCGUCGUUUUCUCCUUUGUACACUGCGAAAGGUCGCCCACCGAUUUCCUCCCCUCCUCAGGAACCCACGACAGAUUCGGGGCACAUACCAGAGCAUUUCAAGUGCACAGAUGUCUCUACAUUGUCACCUAGUUCGUGUGUAGCUUCAGUAGAAAACCAGGAAGCGCAGUCGCCAUCGAACGAUGAAAACGCUCUGUUUUCUUGUGCCGACUCGUGCUCUUUUCCGUCCCGGCGGCCUCCAUCGGGAGCGGCACCGCACCACGAAGGACAGGCCCGCCAGGAGAGACGAGGAAUCUCUCAAAAACGUCAAGCAGCAGUUCCACAGGUCGCAUCCGGAAAGCAGGUUGUUCGAUCAGAGAAGAGACCAGAGGAACUGCAGCGCGAGAGAAGCUUUGGCUUAGCAGUCCAUGCAGUUAGGUGCGUUGGUGGGAGGGACGAAGAGGUCGCCCUUGCCGUGGUUUUGCGGGCGCAGAUGGCGGAACGCAAACGGCGGGAGGCCGCAAACAGAGCCCAGCGCGAGCAAGCAGAAGUGCGGGGGCGUCAGAUGCGUCUACGGCAGAGUCUGCGACGCAUCGAAAGCUUGAAAAGAACCCAAGCAGACAAAGUGAGGUCCACGCAGAUACAGAUCAACCCUCAGCGCGUGGAUAGAGCCGCGGUAGCCCGCCUGAACGAUGCCAACUUUCGCAUCCCCUUUCCCACAGGAGGCACAUGUCCGGUGAAACAUGUGUUACCUCUUUUGGAAUUCGACGGCAGUCACACCCACAACGGGGACUACAAGUGCCAGGAACGGAAUGCGAAGAAAUACAACUACACGGAUGGUCGAUCGCUCGUCCUUGUGGCUCGCGCCAUGCCCGCUCCCGCCCGAGGGGUUCCUGUGAAAUCGGGGAAACAGAGCUUCUUCUGUUAGCCCUACCCACAGGAGGCGCUCUGUAGGCCAGGAUUCAAAACUGACAAUGACCUAGUGACCUGAUGCAGAAAGAGGAACCCUUGGAGACCGAGACUGAAAAGGAAGAGCUAAUUUUUUGCUCGUUGUCAACAUCUCGAGGCCUCAACACCUUGGGGGGCGACCACGAGUUUCCACUGUAACUUCCCAACCAGCAUUGGUGAUGGUAGACUGGUGUCUUGUCGAGUUAUGACAGAUAGCAGAUGUCCUCAUUCCCCUUGCAUGUGCGUAAACUCCCUGUUUGUCGGUACUGCUACACGCCCAUUUAUUUCAUGGUAACGCCCUCAAAAUCUUGAAGUAAGACCAACAAGACACAAUCCGAAACAAAGCGUGAGUCGCACGACUAACACACUCCAACUCCCGACUUCUAAGAACAGGAUGUAACUCGUGAUUCCAACUGGGCAGCCUUAUACAAGAAAAUCGGGUCAAAUUGCACGAUGACGACAGUCAACACUAUCGCUGCACAUCUUCCAUAGAACUCAGUAUGCGUCAGACAAACGUUUGUUGAUACCUGCGAGCCCUGAACACCUUUGUGAGAUGAUCUUGCUUUGGUAUAGGAUAUCAUUCACUCUUUACAGUAAUUUGAGCUACUGCCGCACAUAGCCUUUGGCUGGUCCCGCACCUUGUUCGGUGAGACCGUCGCCAUAACUCAAGUUCGCCUUUCCAUUU